ACGGAAAGGAAGAGAAGAAAAAGAGAAAGAGAGAGCAGCAAGUAAUGUGUACUCUGAAAAGAAACAACACCUGAGAACAAAAACACUUAUGCAAACUUCAGAGCAUUUUUACAAGCAUUUCAAAAGGAGUUUAUUUGGUUCUUAUGGGCAACAAGAAGAAGAUGAGUUUACAGGGAAGGCAGUGAACCACCCUUCUGUUCUUGCUGUUUGAGUGGCAUGUGCUGCAGGUAAUGGAGGGAGGCAAUGUAUCCUUUGGGCUGAAUGUCUCUACCGGGUUGGAUGGUUCGUCUCCGGAGUACAGCGAGGCGGAGAUGGUGCUGCUUGGAAUUGUCAUGGGGCUGUUGGUGCUGGGAAUUGUUUUUGGCAACUUGCUGGUAAUCACCGCCAUCGUGCGUUUCCAACGGCUACAAACCAUCACCAACUACUUCAUCAGCUCGUUGGCCUGCGCCGACCUGGUCAUGGGCCUGCUGGUUGUCCCUUUCGGCGCCUGCCACAUCCUGCUCAGCACUUGGCACUUUGGCAACUUUUUCUGUGAGUUUUGGACCGCCACUGAUGUUUUGUGUGUGACGGCUAGUAUUGGAACUUUAUGCUUGAUUGCCUUGGACCGUUACUUGGCUAUCACCUCGCCCCUCCGUUACCCCUCACUCCUAACCAAGCGCAAAGCCUGUUGUGUGGCGCUUUGCGUGUGGGUGGUGGCUGCCCUGAUCUCUUUCCUACCCAUCCACAUGAAGUGGUGGGUGUCUGAUGAGCCUAUUGCUCAGAGGUGCUUGGAAGACAUUUACUGUUGUGACUUUAACACCAAUGCAGCUUACGCCGUGACCUCCUCCAUCAUCUCCUUCUACAUCCCACUUGUGGUCAUGGCUUUCGUUUACGGGCGGGUCUUCCAGGAGGCCCGCAAGCAGCUGCAGAAGAUCGACCGUAGCGAGGGACGCUUCAGAACCCAAAGUGUCAGCGCUCAGGACCGAGGCAACACCGAAGCCAGGAACUUCAAGAAGCCAAAAUUCUGUCUGAAGGACCACAAGGCCCUGAAAACUCUAGGGAUCAUCAUGGGAACCUUUACGCUUUGCUGGCUGCCUUUCUUUGUGUUGAACGUGGUGGUGGCCAUCUGGAAGGUGGACAAUAUCAAGCUGCCUUUCAAGAUACUCAACUGGAUAGGAUAUGCCAAUUCGGCCUUCAAUCCACUGAUCUAUUGCAGGAGUCCAGAGUUCAGAUGUGCCUUCCAGGAAAUCCUUUGCCUGAGAAGGACUCGUUGCCCUAAGCUAAGGAGUAAAAACGGAUACAUGUAUGACCAGCAUAGCUGGCAUGCCCACCUUAAGAGCGCCAGGCCAACUCAACCUUCAGACUGUGGGAUUGUGGAACUGGGUGCUGACUCUCUGGCUGCUGGGUCAACAAACACAAAAGGGAGUUGUAACAAAACUCUGACAUCUAUAAUAUAAUUGGUUUUGUAUAUACAUUUUUUUUUAAUUACAUCCAUUUUCCUAUGUUAGGCAUUAAAAUGAUUUUGGCAGUUUUUGGUAAGUGGAGAUUACACAUGAAUGUUUUCCAUUUGAAAAUACAUUGUUUUUUCAUCCUCAAGGAUGUGAUUAGAUGACCUGAAUAUAAGUCAGUUUGGCUUUUUGAUGCUAUCUAUGGUCGGUUACUUACGUGUUACUUGUGAUUGUUUAAUCACUGCACAUGUUAGUUGGUAUAUGUUUAUGCUUGCGAUAUGCUGAGAGUGUUAAGGUACUCAACUUCUGCGGAAGAGCUUGAAAUCCAGAACGCUGUCAAAAUCCAGAGACAGCACAGGAUAAACAAAAAUAUCUCUAGCUACCUCAUGAAACCUAAGUAUGUCAAAACUAAGACUUGAAUGUCAGAUAAUUUCCUUACUCGUUUCAGAAAGCAUCUGGAAAUAAGCUUAGAGUGAGAGCAGGCUAGAUUUGUGACCGAAAAGAUCGAAGAGGGGUUCAUUGUUACAUUCCGAUUAAGUUCUCUAAAAUCAGAGAACUCAUCCAAUCGUUAAAGACUUCUGUGCCAUUCAGAUCCUCUGCCUGAGGAGAAGGAAUCCAACCCCCUGUGACAGGAGACAACAGGUGUACAUUGCCGCCUGUGCUAUAACCAGCUCCUCUUAAGCGAAAGGAAAAAAAAAAAGAAAAACAGCUGAGCAAUGCUCAGACUUCCGCAACCACUGCACUUCAACAUUUCCCUGCAACCCCCCC